GACUCACACUUAAUUGUUCGACCAAAAUGGUUAACUCGAAAGAAAAGCAAAGCGGUCUUAACCGGAAAGCUUUCCUGGUUCCGGAACAAAAAGACCGAUGGUGAGAGCCUUCGUGGGCUCUGCGGCGCCUCUCCCGUCCUUCUCCCACCUCCACCAGUUUCCUCAUCCACACUCUCCAAUAACCGCUUCGACCACCAAGGUCACUCCGGCACCGGCGAAGCCAUUCUCCCCGGCCGUUCCCGCCGCCGCCCGCCCAAUGCCCCUCCGCCGCGGCCGCUCGUCGUCGCUUGAGAUCCUCGGCGGCGCCCGCGACUCUUUCCUCCCCGCGCUGAUAGGGACCCUCGACCGCCCCUACGGCCCCUUCCCUUUACUCGGAUGGAAUGGCCACGUCGAGACCAUAUUUGCCGCGUUCUUUCGGUCCGUCCCCGACGUCCGGUUUAGGCGCGAGUGUCUCAGGGCGAAGGACGACGGCGCUGUCGCCCUCGAUUGGGUCUCCGGCGACGACCGACGACUUCCUGCCGAUUCUCCCGUCUUGAUUUUACUGCCAGGGCUGACAGGAGGGAGUGGGGAUGCAUACGUGAGGCAUAUGCUGAUUCGAGCAAAGAGUAAUGGAUGGAGAGUCGUGGUGUUCAACAGCCGUGGUUGUGCCGAUAGCCCUGUGACCACUCCAAAGUUUUAUUCAGGUUCAUUUACAGAAGACAUUCGUCAAGUGGUCGCACAUGUUGGAACUCGGUACCCAAAAGCCAACUUAUAUGCUGUUGGCUGGUCUCUGGGCGCAAAUAUUCUUGUUCGAUAUUUGGGUGAGGACUGUCAUACGUGCCCUCUUUCUGGUGCUGUGUCCUUGUGUAAUCCUUUCAGUUUGGCCAUUGCAGACGAGGACAUCCGUAAAGGCUUCAACAUCGUUUAUGACAAAAAUCUUGCGAGUGCUCUACGCAAGAUUUUCAAGAAACAUAUUGUUCUCUUUGAAGACAUUGGUGGUGAAUAUAAUAUCCCAUUUUCUGCCAAUGCCAAAUCUAUUAAAGACUUUGAUGAAGGAGUUACCAGAGUUUCAUUUGGUUUCAAGUCAGCAAAUGACUAUUACUCUAACUCGGGCAGUGCAGAUUCUAUAAAAGAUGUCCAGACACCGUUGCUAUGCAUCCAGGCUGCUAAUGAUCCAAUUGCUCCAUCCAGGGGCAUUCCUCGCAAAGAUAUCCAGGAAAAUCCAAACUGUCUGCUGAUAACCACACCGAAGGGUGGCCAUCUGGGGUGGGUUGCGGGUGCCGGGGCACCGCUUGGAGCCCCGUGGACCGACCCUGUGGUGAUGGAGUUUCUGGAGCAUUUGGAGAGAGGAAAAUCUCAAGCCCCUUCACCCCCCAGGGCCACCACCAAACCAGAUAGUGUGGAAGAAGAGUGGGAAGAGCGCUUGCAGCCUACAACAGCAUGACAUUUCCUGAGAGAAAAAUCUCAAGCCCCUCCACCCCCCAGGGCCACCACCAAACCAGAUGGCGUGGAAGAAGAGGGGGAAGAGCGCUUGCAACCUGCAACAACGUGAAGGUCACUUGUUUGUUUCUUCUGUGUCUUGGAAGUGUAACCGCGAUGCAGUCUAAUGUUCAAACAACAUUUAUGAAGUAUAACGCCAUCUCAAUUGUUUUUAUUCA